AGCUUUUCUUACUCUUAAGUGGCAAGCUUUCAGCCUGUCCCCUCAGAGACUCUCCUGCUCCGUGAAACAGGAAGUGGAAAAAAAAACAGAUUGAACUUCAUCACUUAGCUACUGAGGAAUUCAUUAAAAAUGUGGAGGAAACUAGAAGAAGGUUAUGUGGGGCUCAACUGGGUGACAUGCUGUAAAUGUAGAAAAGACCUGGGUUCAGGUCAGCCACUUGUUUCGUUCCCCAUAUCCCACAAAACUAUUAAUGGGCAGAAUGUAGCUGUUUACAAAGGAGAAAUCUACAAACCAGUAGGCAGCCGCUUAUUUCACUGUAAAGAUUGUUUUUAUAAGCCAAUUAGAGAAAACAUGAGGAGAGAGGAAGAGAAAAGAGAAGAGGAGAGAAAGAAAGAGCAGGACAGAAAGAUGAAAGAAGAGCAGCAAAGAGCUCAAGAGGCUGAAGAGAAGAGGAGACGAGAGGAACUGAAUCAAAGACUUGAAGAAUCAUACCAACGAGCUCAAGAGCAGCUCGAGAAUCAACUGAGCGGGAACAUUUCAGAGAAACACGAGUCCAAGCAACAAGUUCUAAUCAGCCAUCUGAAGGAAUUAGAGAUAAACUGUGAUUCAGACACUGAGGAGCUUCUAGAAAUCCUCUCAUCAAAAUGCAGCAUCCCUGUUCCAAACCUCAGUUCGACUGAGCUGACUGCUGAUCAGCUGGGAAACAUCCUGUCAGCCCUGGACAAACUCCUGUUUGAUGAAUGGAUCAGUGCUCUUCCAUCCCAUAACACUCUGCAGCACUCACAGGUGUUCAUCACUGAGCUGUGUGUCCUGUCUCUGGAGAUAUCUGAGGGACUUUCUCUGCAAGGCAUCUCCAAUCAUCUGCAGUACCUGGUGGAGUCCAUCAGCCAAUCAGCAAGCAAUGUUUCUGAGAGUUUCCUGCUGACUCAAGCCCUGUACCUGAACCUGAUGCACUUCUUCACUGACCACAGCACCUGUGAUUCUAAUGCAGUUCUUAUAGCCAAACAAUGGGCUGAGGGGGACCUUUCCACUGAGGAUCUCUUUCUCAUAGACUUCCUCUGCACCCUCACAUCGUCACUACAGAACAUGGUUGGAGGAUCCUCAGUGUUCAUUUUAAAGAUGGAAAUCCAGUGUCUGAAGCUUCUCCUGUUCACACUCACUCAUCUAAAUGGCAAAGAGAGACCCUCAGAAUCCACUGAAAGGAUCCUCAGACUUGUGCAAACAAACCAAUGGACACCAACAGAGGCACUGACUCUGCUCAGAGCACUGUCAGAGAAAUAUGAAGAGGAUGCUCCAAUAACUGAAGUGCUCACAAUGGUACAAGUGUACGACAUAUCACCAGACUGGACAGAUGACUCCGGACUCUCUCUCAUCCAGGCUCUGGACAUCAGUGGCCCUGAGAGAUUCCAACAUGACUUCCAAAAAACUCUUAGAGAGCAAGAUGAGCGCAGUCUAGAUUCAGCUCUAACAGAAUUCAAAAUAUUCAGCAAUUUGGAUGAUUCUGUCGUUGAUAUGUUAAAGAACAUUACCACCGGCGUCCUACAAUAUUCAGAAAAUGCCCCAAGAGAUAAACCAUUUAUAAACAAUUCCUUUAAAUGUUCAAACCUGAACACAGAUGACAUCCAGAACUCUCUGUCUCAGCUCUGCAGAGCAGUUUCUGACACAAAAGGCUGGUGGCCCACAGUGCAGCAGAUGCUGAGGUGGUGUGUGCUGGUGCUGACUGAGAAUAACAAAGCACUAGAGUUGGUUGGUGAGGAAGAGGACCCGUGUGUCAGAGCCAUGUUUGUAGCCACACAAGUCUUCAUGGGGAACAAACUGGACAUUGUCCUCGGCUCUGACGUUCACUCACAUGAACAAACUAAGGAGUGGUUUGACUUCUACAAGCACCUUGGAAUUUCUGUCAACACAAACAUGAACAGAACUAACCCAUCACCAAGGGAGGUCUAUGAAGCAGACAUUGUGUAUGGUACCAUGGAUGACUUUGUCUCUGAUUACCUUCAAUAUGGCUUAGAAAUGAUGGAAACAGGGAACCCUCUCCUCAUCCGAGGAUUCAUCAUUGAACAGAGAGGUCUCAGUGCUUCCCAUGACCUGGAACUCUCAAGAAUCAAAGAAAACAAUGCUUUGGUGUUUGCUGCAGAGAUCCUGAAAAGCCUCAUGGGUAAUUUUCACACUGAGGAUAUGGAGCUGAGACACAGGUUUAUUAAGGGUCUUUUUCUGGUGCUCCACAUGAACCUAAACAAACGAGCAGAUGCUGACAGUAAAAUCAUAACCAUCUCACAAAAAUGUACUGGAAAAGAACUGCCUCCCAAUGAGGUCUACAUUCUGACCAUUCUUGAGAAUCUUCUGAAAGAAUUGACUGAAGAAACAGAGAGUGAGAAAAACAGAGCAUCUCUAGGAGGCAAACUGUGUUUGGAGAGUUUAUUUGCCUGUGCAGUGGAAUUCCAAGACUCAAAAGAACAAAUCAAAGAACUGGUGUCAAAUCUGGUAGCACAACAACUCUGGUCACCAGUAGAAGCUUUAAACCUCUUUGGUGCCUUAGCUGACCACCAUCAUGAUAAAGACUGUGUUUCCAUCAUAAGGAUUUUACAUCUGAUAGAAACAUAUCAGGUGUCUUCUGACUGGACAGAUGAGAAGAACCAGUUUCUCCUUCAGCUCUUAAACUCAUCUGAAACUGAGAGUCUGAUCCAGCAUUUAGAAAAAACCUUCAGAGAUGAGAAAGAAAAAAGUGUUGACUGUCUCUUUGAUGAAAUACGGCAGAUGAAAAACAUUGAUGAACAAACACUGGAGAAAUCAUCAUCUAUAGUAAAGACUGUCAUUAACCUGAUAGAAUCUGGUGGAAUUAAAAAGCAUACAAAUGUACAGCGAGCAAAGGAUCUGAGUCAUAGCACCGACACAGUAGACCUUCAGGAGAUCCUGGCAGUCUUAUGCAAUGCUGUGUAUCAGUGCUAUGCUAAAGGGAACUGGUGGCCCAGAGCCACUCAGAUGAUAAGCUGGUGCCUCUUGGCCUUGUCUGACACUGGAAAGCUCCUGGAGAUGGGAACUGGAGAAGGGAAGUCGUGUGUCAUAGCAAUGUUUGCUGCACUGCGUGCAUUAAGGGGUGAAAAAGUGGAUGUGGUGUCAAGCUCUUCUCUGUUAUGUGAAAGAGAUGUAAAAGAAUGGAGUGAAUUUUACAAAUACUUUGGCAUCACAGUCGACACAAACACAGAUAAAACUGAUGAUAAAGAUAGAAAACAAUGCUACCAGAAGGACGUGGUCUACGGAACAAUCGAAGCCUUCGCUGCAGAUCACCUUCGCCAGAUAUUUGAGAUGAAGGAUGUGAGGACUGAUCGCAGCUUUCAGUGCAUCAUCAUUGACGAAGUGGACUCACUGAUGCUGGAUCAGGGAGUACAGAUGACUUAUCUCUCCAGUCCCAUGGUCUCCAUGCAGCACCUGAAUGUUAUUCUGGUCAUGAUCUGGAGCCAUGUCAGCCAGUAUGGCUUCCUGUCAACAGGAUACCAGACAUUUGUCCAGGGUCCCCCUGCUUCAUUCUUCAAGGCUAUAUUUGACUCAAUUGACACAGAAGAAAUUAAUGACCCCAUAGAUAUUUUGUGUAUUGCUGAAGAAUCAAAGAUUGUGCCAGAAGGAUUUACCGAGGAUUUCUGCAAAAGCGGAAAAGAUGAACUUAAAGAUGAACUUAAAGAUGAACUUAAAGAUGAAUUUAAAGAUGAACUUCUAAAGAAACUGAAAACUGUGAGUCAAGAUGCGAUGGUAAAUUUUUUCCAUGAAAUCGAGGACUAUGUCCCCUAUGGUUUUACUGUAUACACUUUAGAUGAAAAUGGACUGCUCUGUCUUAAAAAAGCCAGCCCAUAUAACAAACAGGACACUCCUGAUCUCACAUUUCUUGUUUUGGAGGAAGGUUUGUGUUGUCCUCUCUACUGUUCUGAGGAAACUCUUAUCAAACCCAUUGCAGAAUUAAUCUCAGAGAGGAUUCAGUACACCCCAUGCACAAACAAUAAAAACAAAAUCAGCAUCCCUGGAUUCCUGAGAAAUCUGAUAGAGAAGAAACUGUCAGUGUGGGUUCAAAAUGCCUUUCUGGCAAAGGGACUGAGGCAAGGACGGGAGUAUGUUAUAGAGAAUGACAGUGUCUGUCCAGUGGACUUCAGAUCCACUGGUAUGGUAGAACUGAGUAAGAAAUGGGGUGAUGGUCUACAACAGUUUGUUGAGAUUAAACACCAAAUCAAACUGAGCACAGUUUCAACAGUGACAAACUACAUCUCUAACAUUUCCUUCUUUGAAAAAUACCAUGGGAAAAUAUAUGGAACAACAGGGACACUUGGGAGUGAAACAGACAUGCUGUAUUUGCAGGAACUUUAUCCAGACCUCUCAGCCUGCAAAAUGCCAACUUUCAACAGGAAGAAGUUAUUUGAGGUCACAGGUUCUCUGAAGACUUCAACUGAGGAGUGGAAAUCUGAAAUAAAACGUGUGGUUAAGGCUCAAAUUUCCCAAAAUUCUUACAGAGAGGGAAGAGCAGCCUUGGUGAUCUGUGAAACUAUCAACACAGCUGAAGAGCUCUAUGAAGAGCUGAAGAGCAUCAUCCCAGGUAAAAUCUUUCUCUACAGUCGCAGUGACAAAGACAAAAUAGAUACGACACUGGAUCCUGGUGACGUCAUUGUUGCCACAAACCUGGCUGGACGUGGCACAGACAUAAAAGUCUCUGAACAGGUGAACAACAAUGGAGGAUUAUUUGUGAUCCUCUCCUUCCUUUCUGAUAACACAAGAGUGGAACUCCAGGCAUUUGGUCGUACAGCACGCAAAGGUAAACCUGGAUCUGCACAGGUAAUCAUGACCACUGAUCAUCUGCAGGAGUCCUUCAGGACAGUGUCAUCUCUGGAUGAGGCAAAGAAAACAAGGGACAGACUUGCAGCAGAAAGGAUACAGGACACGAUGAACGAUAUCACUGAGAUGAAACUGCGGGAGGACCUGUUCUCAGAGUACUGCGAGACCCUUCAGGACAUUUACAGGAACACAGAUGGAGAUGAGCAAAGAGCUGUUGUCGCCAUCAUGAAUGAGUUCUGGGGGAUUUGGUUGCAAACUAAAUCAGAAGAAAUCAACCUGUUGAAAAGAAAUGAACUACAGGAGAGCUUGAAAGCUGAUUUGUCUCAGGCAAAAACUCAGUCUCAAAGUCAGACUUCACCGUGUUCUAGCAUUUACCACUACAUCAAGUUUGGAAAUAUCGCUCUGGAGGAAAAACAAUGGGAUGUCAGCACAAAGCUGUUUGAAAAAGCUAUGGGACAAGAUGGAAGUUGGGCAGCCAUAGCUUUUUACAAUCAUGCAUACUGCACUAUAAAGCAGAUGAAGGAGAAUUACCUCACUAAAGCCACAGAUGAUCUCAGGAAAGCACAGGAAUCUCUGAAGUACCUCAGUGAGGAAUGCAUGGUCUGCCUGCAAUUUGUGAAAAUGUCCUGUGCUGACUCAGCCAACAGUAACCCAACCAGCCUUGAAAAGCAGUUAACAACCAGGUGCACCAUGUUAAGUUACUUCGACAAAAACAUUAGUGAGGCUAUUGAAAAGCUGCAGGUGAUAAAAGACAAGAAAGAGGAUGCAACAGUGAAUCAAUCACACCUGUUCUCUCUGGUGUCAAGUGCUGAUGACGAUCUCCAAGCAGAGGCUGACAAUCUGUACCAUCAAGGUCUGGUAUAUGUCUUUUCUGUGGAAGAGAAGUAUCGUUUCCCAUGGGGAGCUCUGGUGGUGCUCGGUCUCGGAGUUCUGCAGAUUGUCGGAGGAGCAGUGCUCACUGUAUGUACAGUUGGAAUAUUAGCUCAGGUCGGCUUUGGGCUGAUCGCAGAAGGAAUAUCAGACUGCAUCUCUGCCAUCACGUCCAUGGUGACAGGAGAAUUCAGUUGGAAAUCAUGGGCUAUAGAAAAAGCCAUUUCUAUUAGUCUAUCUCUCAUUGGGUUUGGAGUUGGAAAGCUGAUUGCAAAGGGUACCAAAUUAUCUAAAGUAAUGAUAAAGGGAUUUGGAAAUCUGAAGUCAAUGCCAAAGUUUCUCUACAGUCAAGCUAAAGAUGGACUUAGUGUUGUUACCAAGGCAGUUUUUAAGGGAGCAGAGAAAUACAUUAGGAAAAAAAUUGUACAAGAAUGUAUUAUGUAUGGAUUUGGGAAGGCAGAAGAGGCUGUAAUGACUGCAAUACUAAAUGGUGUUAAAGAUAAGGUGAAAACGAGAGUUGUGGAUAAUGUGAAGUCCAACAUGGAAAAAGAGCCUUUGGAUGCAUUAGUAGACUCCAUUAUACUCUCACACCUUGAGGAUAAACAACAAUGUUCUGAUCUUCUGCAGCAUGAGAGAAAUAAGGCCACACUUCUGGAUAUUUUCAGACAAUUGAGCAACACAGCAAUAAAGCAAUUCUACACUGACCUCAGCUGGCAGCACAAGCUCAACGCAUCCAUCUCCACAGUGAUUAAAAAAGUUAAAUCAGAGCUUAAAGAUGAAAAACAUGCAGAAGUACGUAUGAUUCUGACAGCCAUCCAAGCCACCCACAUGGGGUUACUGGGCGGACAUGCCUUGAUAACAGUGUCCAGUCUCUCAAACAGGUUUUUCUCAGACUUUGGUGAAGAGCUUAACAAAUUUCAAAAGAAAAAAUGUUCCUCAGAGGAAGUGAAGCGAAAUGAGCUGUCUGAGUCAGAAACUAAGAUGCUGGAAGAAUUCAAGCAGCAUUUAGUCGACACCAUCAGUGCCUCAUUAGCUGACACUUUGACAGAAGUGUUUCACCAAAUAUUCUCCAGUCACAUUGUUUCUCUUGCCCAAGGUUAUGUAAAUGGAAAAAUAAGCCAAUAUGUAAGAACUGGCUUAAACACUGAGAGAACAAAGGAAAAACUCAGAGCUGGACAAAACAACAGAUACAUUGCAUACAUGUCAAUAAAGCAGAAGUCAAGUGGAUCAGGUGAAUACUCACGGUCACAUGCUGAAAAGAUCAGGAACAACAUGACGGCUGGCACCAUUCUCGAUAUCAGAGUCCUGUCAGAAGCCACUGGCAGUAAGGUUGUCAUCCUAACAGAGGACAGCCAUGGCAAACUUACCAAGAUGCAGGAGCUGAGUCCAAGCUCUAAACCUGUCAGUCAAACUGUGACACUGAUCUACAGACCAAAGAGUUCCCAAUACCCAGACGGCCAUUACGAUGUGUGCAUCAAUAAUCAGAUAGUGACUGUAACCAGCCAAGGCAAGAGCUGUCUGUUUAAGGCUUUCGCACGAGGCUUGAAACCAGAGGCUGGUAAUGAAGAGAUCACCUUGAAAGCAGGCAGCCUCCAAUCUUUAGAGGUCGACACUCUCCUGGAACACCCGGGCCAAUGGGAGCCUUUCGUCAAACGCAAAGAGUGGACAGAUGCAAUCAGAGGAGGAGACUGGUACAUGGCAGAGGGAGCUGGACAAAGAAAAAUACAAAUUACCAAAGAAGAACGCCAAAGGAUACUCGACAACCUGGUUGGAGAAGUGUGCUUAUACAAAGAUGCCAUAAAAAAUAGAAAUAAUAAUCCUGGUAUUGGACAAGUCGUCAAUGCAGAUCACCAACCACCAGUGUCUAGUAUAAUGCAAGCUGGAAAACUGGACCAGAAUAGCAAAUUAGCUGGAGCCUUCCUUGAAGUAGGAACAAACUCAUGUCCUCUGGAUCCUAAUCUGAUUCCUUAUGUGAAGACAUCUCAUGGCUAUAAUCUUCCAACUGUUUAUGUGCCAGCAAAAAUGCAUCGUCUUUGUCUUAGUACAAAAAAUCCAAAAUUCAGAGAGUCACUGGCUAAAACAAUAAGCCAGGGUGAUGUUGUAGGCACCUUCAAAGAGACCAUUUUAGGUUCAAUGCCCAUACUCAAGUCUGACUUUACAAACAACCCUGAGAGUAAAGCUUUUGAUCGAAAGUUUAAACAGUCUUGUAACAAUAUGGUACACACAUGGUCCGAGUUACUCAAAGACAAAGGUGUCAUGACAAAUGACCAUCUCAGCACCAUUACUGAUUGGAUCAACAAGGAGGGCUACAAAAACCAGAAUGAUCCACACAGGAUAAAAGUCCUCAGCUUCGUCAAUGGAAAGUUUAAAAAGUGACACCUGACGAAGAAGGAGGAGGAGGAGGAGGAGGACAGCAGAGAUCUACUUCCAUGAUGUCCAUGUUUUUGGUAUUUGUAAUGAAGAUGGCUUUUUUUGUUUAAUUCAAAAUAAUUUCUUUUUAAAAUCCUGGGGCCUCAUUACUGAAAAAACUGCGAAUCUUUUCUUAUUUAACACAUAAAAUGUAAAAAAGCAAGUUCAGUUAACUCUAUUUUAUUACAUUUCAUGUCUUCAUUCAGGAUAUUGGAGGACUGUGGAGGAGUUUUGCCAUUUUUAGGUCUUUAAAUCAGUCUGUUUUAAAUCAUUGUAGAUGUUACUCAGUACUGUUAGAGUUCAUUACAUGGUUUCUACAGUGUUUUUGGUUUACAGUUACUAUUGUGAAGUAUUUGAUACCAUGAGUGAAGUGAUCAUGAACAUGAAUCUGCUCAUAGAUAUAAGGCAGUUCAGAUUGAUGUGUCAAUCACAGAGUGAAGUUACCGUCUCGAAUAUUAAUGAGAAAGUAGAGUAGAGUAGAGUAGAGUUAGUAUCUUUCCAUCAUAUUAUUUGUGCUUUGCUGAAUAACGUUAUUUGGAUUUAGGUUGCUAUUUGUAUGAUAUAUAUAUUGCUAUAAAUUUAUUAUUAAAUCCCAAACAAAGUCCUUGUAGAAAAGCAACCAAAAUAUACCAUGGUUUAACUGGUCAUUUCUGUUAGACAAAGGCCUUUUACCACGUUACAACAGGCAUUCUAUUUUAACUUUACUACCAUUUCUGUACUACAGUGAUUUUAUCAUGUUAUCAUGAGUUUUAUUUUUUUAAAUUACAAAAAAUAUAUAAUAAUAUAUACAAAUAAUAUAUUUAUGGUUUUGUGUUAUUUCUAAGGUGAUAAACUAACUUAACAUCAUAUGUCUGUCAUUUAAAGGUAGUUUCUAUUUUACGUGUGAUAUCUUCAGCAAAUUUUAUUAAAUGAUAACUUCCUUGUAGAGCACGGCUCUAAUUGUAAAAUGACAAUUAUAUACUGUAUUUGUAUGACAACCAGUAACUGUCAGUCUACAGUUUUUGAAUGUUAUAUUGUACCAUAUUUUAACAUCUUUUCUGGCAACCUCAUUGCCAGAUUGUCAGUGAUUUUUUUAUGGUAUUUUUUGCAGUGUGGUAUUACACAGUGUUAACUUUGUUCUUCAUUGUUCAUCUCUCUUUUUCAUGAUACAUCAAGCAUCAAUAAACUGCCUCUUCCUGAGACAUAUAA